AUGUUCUGGCUGGGUAAUGGGAUGCUUUGAGAAAUAGAAAGAAAGCUCUAGGCAGAUCCAAGAGAAUUACCAGAUAAGUCAUAAUUUUCCCUAUGAAUUUCUUUUUGAUCAUUUUUUUAUUUGGACUUUCUCCCCCAGGGAUUAGCAAAAAGUUCAGCAGUUUAAUAGGUUUCCCUGAAACUAUUAUUUUAUCAAGCCACAAUGAAGAUGUUAACAAAAGCACUGAAGAUGAUAAUAGUGACAUUAAUGAUAGUGCGAACUUUGAUGUUACUGAGGGAUAUGACGUAGCUCCACUACAAUUGACAGUUGAGAAAACUUUUAAUUUUUCUGCUGAAAGCUAUGGAAUAUUAAAAGACAGUAUGCAUAACCUUCAAGACUACCUUAAAAACCUUUCAAGGGAAACACCUGAAGAAGAAAUACAGCAUCCUAAAGUACAUGACUAUAAUGAUUUGGAACCAAAUGAACUCCCUGACUUCAUACAUCUAGAUAUACUUACUGAAGAAGAAAGAAAUCGUGAUCCUGAAAAGGGCCAAUACAGGAACCACUUAAAUAAGGUGUUAGAGGAACUGCCCAUGCCACCAAAAAUUAAGAAAGUGGAAAUGGAUGAGGAAGCAGUUAAUAAUGAAAAUGAGUCAACAGUUCCAAUCUCUGACAUCCCUUAUGAGACCAUUAGCCAAUCUCUUCAAAGAGAAGAUGUAAAGCUAAAAAUAAUGCUGACUAUAUCAUUGUUGACGUUCAUCAUUUUCUUAAUCUUCACGUGUAUUUGUUGUUUCAUUUUCUCCCAAGCACCGAAGAAAAGGGUCUUUGGCAUCAGAGAAAAGAGGCGACUAUGGAGAAAAGCAGACUGGGAAACUGGGCCUAAAAAAAAUCUUACCAUUAGACCUGAACUGGCAACCAUGUCUUAUUUUCAACCAGCAGAAGGUGUAUCAGAAACUUCCUUUUCUAAAAGUACACUUAGUAGCACACUGUGGGGGCCUGGAUGUCCAGACUUUAAAAACGGAAUGAAUGUGUCAGAGGCAACAGGGACAGUACAAUUUCUGCAUAAAAUGGAUGAAGAGUGCAUGAAGUCCUUACGGGGUAGUAAGGAACUUGAGCUUAGCAGUACUGAGCCACAUAGUAUGGAAAAGUCCGGCGAUGAGAUGUCCAGUCAGGAGUUAAACAGUUGGGAGUUGCCCGGUACAGAGGCUGAAAGUAGUGGAAAAUAGACUAAUUUUUUUCGU